AGUAGCUGCAAGUCUUAAAUCAGUGUCGGUUGAAAUUGCUUAUGGAGAUUUGAAAUCUGAGCGUUGUAUCGAGUAGCUGAAUUAGAGAAAUACCUGCAGAUUCUGAAUGAAAUUUAAGGGCAUAAAUCUAUCUAUGACAUUAUGGCAGUGAAAAUGAAAACAAAAAUGUGGCAGAAAACAAUGGAGAAGUAAAAUGGUUAUUGUUGGCAGUGGGUGAAGUUUAGACUGCUUCCUUUGUGCAAAUCAAGUCUGCUCUAUCUAAAUCCAGUGAUGCAACAUAAAAAGGUAGUAGUGGUGAACAACCAUGGUGAGAAGCUUGUGGGCAUAUUACAUGAAACAGGCUCUAAGGAGCUUGUAAUUGUGUGUCAUGGUUUCAAAUCCUCAAAGGAUCGCAUUCCCAUGGUGAACCUUGCUGCUGCUUUUGAGAAAGGAGGAAUUAGUGCUUUCCGCUUUGAUUUUGCAGGCAAUGGAGAAAGUGAGGGUUCAUUCCAGUAUGGUAACUACCGUAGAGAAGCUGAUGAUUUGCUUACUGUAGUUGAACAUUUUCGCCAGAAUGGACGUUUCAUAACAGCAAUUAUUGGGCAUAGCAAAGGAGGGAAUGCUGUGCUUUUGUAUGCAUCAAAGUAUAGGGAUAUACCUACAGUCAUCAAUAUUGCUGGUCGCUAUAAUCUGAAGAGAGGAAUUGAAGGUCGGAUGGGCAAAAACUAUCUGGAGCAAAUCAAGCAAGAUGGAUUUAUUGACGUUAAAAACAGGAGAGGGAAAGUUGAGUAUCGAGUGACCGAGGAAAGUUUGAGGGACCGCCUAACAACCGAUACUCGUUUGGCAUGUCAAACUAUUCCACUAAGCUGCAGGGUGUUGACGAUCCAUGGUUCAAUGGAUGAAAUGGUGCCCGUUGAUGAUGCCCUGGAAUUCGCCAAGUACAUCCCAACCCACACACUGCACAUUAUCGAGGGAGCAGAUCAUGAAUUUACCUUGCACCAAGAUGAAUUGGCUUCUCUAGUGGUCGCCUUUGUCAUGGCUAGUGUAUCUAAGGAAGAAAUAACCAAACCAUCAGAGUCAUGUGUAAGAAAACAAAAAUCAAUUCAUUCUCGUUUCUGAUUUCGUCUACUUUUGAGCAACGUUAUGAAACAAAUACUUGAAAUAUUCUUUAGAAUGAAACUAGGCCUCAAUAAAUGGCCAAGAUAUUGCUCAAAUAGUGAAAUGUAUAUUAAAUAGUACUGGAAAAGAGGCAUGUGGAACUGCCACUGUAAAGAAUGUUCUUCCUAUUGUGUUUCGUGUUGGGUUUGGACAAAGAAUGUAGGCAUUAGGCAUUCUUUUGUUAUACAUGAAUUCUAGGUGUAUGGCAAACUAAGAUGUAAAACAGCUAGGAGUUUCUUUUGGAGUAUGAGACGAUGUUGUACAUUUUGAGCAUAAUAUAUAUAUAGGGUCACACUUGUGUGAGACCGUCUCACGGAUCUUUAUACGUGA